GAAGAAUUCAGUCCCGUUCCAAAUUCCGGUUGUGUAUAUGCAUUGUUGAAAAUUGGGGAAGGAAACGAAACUGAAACAGCAUGUCUGAAGUUGUUGCUCAACAUGAAAUUAAUCAGAGCUAUUGUUUCAAAUGGAAUGAUUAUCACAGUCACUUAUCCGAUGUAGUUAGACAACUUUUGGAGGAGGAUUGUAUGGUGGAUGUAAUACUGGCAGCUGCUGGAGAGCGCAUUCAUGCCCAUCGCAUAGUCCUCUGCGCUUGUAGCACUUUGUUUCGAGAUGUUCUGAGUCAAGUAAACGAAGACCAUCCGACAAUAAUACUAAGCGAUGUAUCGGCACAAGAUAUCAGAUCUAUCGUUGAAUUUAUUUAUCAUGGAGAAGUGCGAGUAGCAGUGGAGAAUAUUAGCAGUUUAUUGGAUGCUGCGCGUUCCUUGAAAAUAUGUGGUCUCAUCGAGAUCAAUGGGCUCAAUGAAAUUCACUCGGUCGCGGGUACUAAAGACUACAACGAUAACAGCGAGGAGCCAAUGACUGUAAUUAAUGAAACGGAUGAAAAUGUUAUGAAUGCAUUACAGUAUGGGUACGAAGAUUUGGAAGAUCAGCAAGAACAGAGAUUCCCUGAGAAUUCUACAUUGAAUAAAAAGAAGAAACGCAGGCGUGACACAAUUAAAAGAGAAUACAGCGACGAUAUGUUAGCAUCAGCGAUUGAUGGCUUGAAGUCAGGACAAACGUUGAUAGAAGCUUCAACUAAACACAAUGUACCACGUUCCACGUUGUACAUGCGUGCAAAGGCAUUAGGUGUGCACUUAACUGCAACAAGGAACGAAUAUCCUGCAGAGUGCAUGAAGGCUGCCAUAAAUGCUGUAAUCGGUGGGUCAAGUUUGCAACAUGCGUCGGAAAUGUUCAGUAUACCUAAGACUGUCUUAUGGAGAAGAAUUCAGAAGGAAGGAUAUAAGAUACUACGUUCCGAGAUGAAGAUGACCUAUGGCGUUGAUAGACGAGAAGCUGCGCUUAAAGCUUUGGAGAGGGGCGAAAAAUUAACUAAAGUUGCGCUUGAAUUUAAAAUUCCGAAGACCACUUUGUUCAGGGACAAAGCUCGCUUAGUGGACGAGGGAAAGUUGCCAUUGUCAUUUUGGAAGAAACGUAAGACGGAAAAUGAAGAGUUGAAAAGAUCCCGUUUGGAGGAAGCGGUUGCUGCGUGUAAAGGAGGAAAAAUGUCGCAAGCUGCUGCGUCGAUGACCUAUCGUAUUCCUAAAACGACGAUAUGGAGACGACUCCAACAAGACGGUAAAAAGUCGGAGCGUUUGUUGAACUCGAGGAAACAACGGAUAGCGAAUUCUAAACAGAACGCGGUAGUAAAGAAUCAAGGGGGAUCUGAUUUCACAUACUGCGAGGUAUCUUCAGAAAUUCCUAUAACUUAUAUAGAUGAAAAUAGCAUAGCUGAGGAUUCUGUAAUAAUAUUAACAGCGGACGAUAUGGAUGGACUGAACUUGGAAGAGGGACGACAAAUUAUUGUUAAUUCUGCAUCGGUACAAGAAUACGUUCCGUGUUCUAUAAGCAUCGAGGAGAAUUCGAAUUAUUCGCAAACGGGAAGUUAGCACAGGAGUUCCGAUCAUACGACUAAGAAUGAUUAAUAUUCUUUUUCGUGUACAGUAUACAUAGUCGAUCGUUAACUCUGUACAUUAUAUAUUAUAAGCAAUGCUAUUAAUGAUGAUCAACUGCUCUGUCAUAAUAAUAUAAUCGUCUAACGGCAGUUGAUCUUGAAAUUCUCUUUUAUACAUACAAUGAAACUAUUGCUAUCUUAUUGUUCGCUUCUCGAAACUUUAAAAUUCCACCCGCUUUAUUUUUCUUACCGCUUCCUUCAAGUAACAGAAAAACGCUUUAAGUGCACAGAGUUAAUGAAGCUGCCUGUGCGAACAAAUGUAAGAAGAACGUACUUGUACAUUGUAAUUUGUUCUUCUUCGGUUUUAUUGUUCUACAUUCUCGUUGCAUUGUACAAAUAAGUCUCAUUCUAAUUUCAUAUCGAUAAAUAUGUAUAUUAAUUUCCACUGUCGAUACAGAAUAUAUUUUGUACGUUACGGAAUAAUUAAAAUUUUGUAGACAAAUAGGAUUAUUUAAAUUAUCGCGCUGUAGUUCAGACGAAUGUCGUAAACAACAUACAACAUAAUAAAAAUAAUUUUUCUUAGAAAAU